AGUCGCGAAUAAUUCUCGGGAUCCGCCAGCUCGGCCAUUUUCCCCCUCGCCCCCCGCUCGUGCGCUCUCGCUUUCUCCGCCUCUAAUCUCUCUCCCUCUCGCUCUCCUCUCUUUCUGAGCGAAUCCUCACCGUUAACACUUCCUCUCUCCUCUCCCAGAAAAAGAAGAAAAAAAAGGUAAGUAAAAGAGAAGCAAGAGAGAAGCGAUGUGGGAAUGUUGGCUUUCUUUCUCGUCCUUCGAGCAGUUGUUAUGGUCUCUGAUGGGAUCCGCUUGCUUUAACUUUUGACUGACGACUAACAGAGAUCUUGGGUAACAAAGAUUCAAUCUUUGGCGAUUUUUGGGAGGACCCAUCUGCAGAAAAUUUUUGAGCUUUAUCAUGCCAAGACAAAAUCCUGCUAUAAAGGAGUUUAUAGCUGGAGCAUCAAAGAUCCGUAAAAGGGUUUCUUCUUCUUCAUCAGCAUCAUCUUCUUUAUUACAAAAUAACCGAUUUAAGCGAGCCAUUAUAAUUGGUAAAAGAGGUGGAUCUACAACUCCUGCUCCCAAUUGGAGAAUGAACCCUAAAUCCCCAUCAGCUAGUUCAAAGAUUUCUGAUCCAUCGAGGCAACAAGGCCCGGUUUCAGCUAGGAAACUUGCAAAUGCUCUGUGGGAAUUGAACAUGAUCCCUUCACCAGAGUUCAGUGAGAAUUUUUCGGCCCGAAGAUCUAAGAAAGUAUCAAAACCUCGCCCUCAUCGGUUAUCUGAUCCCUUGCAUAGCCCUGAUUCUGAGAGGAGCGGCCCAUUGACAAUAAUGCCGAUAGUCUCUCAGAGAAUUCGAUCCAAGGAGCGCAAUGAUAGAGCUUUGGAUUUGCUAAGUAGCUCUAGUUUGAUGGAGAUUGAUCCACAUCCGCAAGAACUCACACCCGGAAGCUCAAUUCCAUCAAUGAAAAGCCGCUUGAAAGACCUAAGAAAUACAGUUACAUCUUCCAAAGAACUUGUGAAACUCCUCAAGCGGAUCUUGGUACUGGAAAAUCAGCACUCAUAUAGCAUCUCUCUUUUCUCAGCCCUCCGAUUUGAACUUGAUCGAGCUCGAUCUCAGCUAGAUCAUCUCAUCCAAGAGCAAAAGUUAGACCACAAUGAGUUCAACUGCCUCAAGAAACAAUUCAUGGAAGAGAAAUCAUUGUGGAAGAUCAAAGAGAAGGAAAGAAUCAAAACCGCUGUCCACUCCAUCAUGGAAGAGUUCGAAUCAGAAAAGAAAUCAAGAAGAAGAGCAGAGAGGCUCAACAAGAAACUUGGAUUGGAGUUAGCCAACACAAGGGCCACUCUAGAAAAGGCAGUUAGAGAAAUCGAGAGUGAGAGGAGAUCGAGAGAGAUAAUUGAACAGGUAUGCAACGAGGUAGUGAGAGGGAUCGGCGAAGACAAAGCAGAAGUAGAGAGCUUGAAGAGAGAAUCUGCCAAAGCCCGAGAAGAACUAGAGAAAGAAAGAGAAAUGCUUCACAUUGCUGAUGUGUGGCGUGAAGAGAGAGUUCAAAUGAAGCUCUUGGAAGCCAAGGUUCAGUUUGAGGAGAAGAAUGCUGCUGUUGACCAAUUAAGGAAUGAGCUGGAAGCAUUUCUUGAAACUAACAGGACUACAGAGGAGAACGCAUUUCCAGAAACAGGAGAGGUCGAAGAUGGGAGAGAUUCAGUAGAGAGUGAUUUGCACUCCAUCGAGCUGAAUGUUGAGAACAACAAAGGGUACAGUUGGAGUUAUGGUACUAAAACUGCUGAGUCUUCGGCUGAGGAGGAUAACGAGGAGAGCUCAAAAAUCAUAAAAGAGAAAGCUGAAAAGGCCGAUCAAGAUGAAGAACAAUAUGUAUCAGUAAAAAAGCUCAGAGAUCGAAUGUUGUCCGGGACCAAAAUCGUACUGCCCCGUGGUUUGUCAAGCCCAACCCGACGAUGGAAUAAAAGUCGAGCUUUAGAUGAGGGGGAAGAUCGAGUUUGUGAAGGAUUGAAGGUUGCAGAGAUAGUAAAAGCUAUUAAGGAAGCAAGAUUGAGUAACAGUAGUGAUAAGAUUCACUCUUAGUGACUUCUUCAGUUUUAAGAGAGGACUUCUUCAGUUUUAAGUGAGAACUUCUUGUUCUUGUUAAAUUCCAAACUUUGUGUUUUUGUUGCCUUAUUACUUGUACAAAACUUCUCCUUACAAGGUUAUAUGUAUCAUUUCUUUUUGAAAGAGAGUUUAUGGUGUAUCUCUGAAUUUAUCUA